AUGGUUGUCUUCGCCCUUUUAGGACUGUGGAAGGAGAUCUGGGCCAUCAUGGCCAAGGUCCCAGGGGCUAUGAAGAGCGGGUGGGCCCGGCUUGUGGGUUGGCUGGGUGAGGCCCGGAAAGCCCUGAGGGAAGCGCGGACGAAGGUACGCGCCUGGAAGGCCUGGGACGAAGCCCGAUCCUCUCUGAAGGGCGCUCCAUCACAGAUGGAGGUGGCCUGGACCGCGGUCAUCGAGUGGAAGAAGGCCGAAAGUGCGGCCACUGAGGGCCCGGAUUGGGGCUCGAAGAAAGGAAAUUUCCUCGGUCGGCCAAGAACCGAAGAUGAAGGCGGCGGCGAGGGCGAGGGCAAGGGCAUGUCCGAUGAAGACGGACAGCGCGAACGCCCGAAAGACCUUCGAUUCGGGGGCAUCGGAGAGAAACCAACCGAUGGUGAAGAUCACCCCGAAGAAGGAAAAUCCCAGAGUAUUGGCGUUGACGAUGGCAUGGACCCUGGCUCAUUCUUAGCUCGUUAUUGUUGGACUUGA